AUGGCGCUCCCACCCGAGCAAAUCAACAUCAAGCGUCGACGCGAGGAGGAACCCGUCGAGACACUAUUCAUUCAAUCCGCUGUGCAUCAGACCAAGCGGCGCUUUACGGACUUUAUCUUCCAGAGAGUCACACUAAAAGCCAGCCAGGUCGAUGAUGGAACAACAAGUCCACCAGCAUCACCGCACCCAGCGGCGCAGCGGCUCCUUCGUAGUCCCCGCUCUGUCAGCAGUCUGCAUGUGAAAAGACGAGCACCAGCGUCCUCUACAGGCGUACCCACAGUGCGAGCCACCUCACCAGGGGCUGAAUUCCGCGAAGCGCAGCGGGUGGCAACAGCGCGCAAAGAAGCAGAAGAGAGGCAUAGAAAUGCAAUUUAUUCAGGCCCUUCACCAUUCUCAGACCUUCCAGCUCUUCCCAAGCCUGACUCGAAUGCAUCUACUGCAUCCAGACCGCGCAGCCCUGCUAGAGCAUCAUCGCCUAGCCGCGCACAGGCUCUGCGUCGGUUCCAGAUCUCGCGCUCAAAUCUUGCUUCCCUUCAUAGUACCGGUGGUGGAGUCCAGAAGAGAAGAGCGGGCCCCGCGCCUGGCGUUGCUGUGCUGGUCGAGCAACUUCAGCGAAACCCCCAUUCGCGCAAGGGCUCUAUGGUCUCUGAUAUGAUUGCUGAGGGGGAGACGCAUUCCAGGGGUCUUUCUGCUUUGUCCAAGGAGCUCGUUGCAGACCCGGUGGCUUCAUCGCCUACCAAGCCUCGCAAACGCCCUGUUGUCAAUCAGGCAGAGAAACGGUGGCGUGAACAACGCAGGGGCACAAUAUCAACCGCGAAGCAGAAUCUCUCUGAUUCGCUGGAGAAAUCUGCCAGUACACAGGAUAAAAAUUGGGAUGAAGAACCUGAGCGUUUGGCACGGGAGUUCGAGCAGGUCGCGCUGGAGAUAGAGCAAGAUCAAGAGGAGGAGAAUGGUAUGGAUGUUGAUUCUCAGGCUGGUCGUAACCCUCCUGCGCCGGUGCCUCAUCCUCAGCCCAUCUUGAGCUCUGGUCCCAAGACACCUCUGAAGCACCAGCCACGUCUGCCAAAAGAGCCCCGAAUCGCUCCCUCGCCUGCAGCUUCGCAGGUUACAAAGAGUGACGAGGCUGUGGAGGAAGAUGAUGAGGGUGACUAUGUCUAUGAUGUGUACAUCCGACGACCUUUGUCGGAAAGCGAGAUGCUCAAAAAUCCUUUGGCCGAAUACGAAUCCGAGCAGCAGCAAAAGAGUGUCACGAAGAGUCAACCGGGUGUUGGUGUCAUUGUCAUCACUGCUGAGGAUGAGCAGUACUGGGAGGACUUCGUUGAGGACGAUGAGGAGGAAUGGGACAGUGAAGAUGCUGACUCUAAUGCUGAAAACAACCCUGCAAACGACUAUCCCGACGAGGAGAUUUCAUCUGACGACGACGACGACGACGACGACGAGUUCGACUUUGAUGAUUCUGCGAGUGAGGAUGGUGGAGAUGGGUACAUGUCGCGCUGGCGUGGGCCUGUAGACUCUGACGAUGAGUACUGA